CAAAAGGCGCCUCCCCCGUGCACGUGACAGUGAGAGCUGGGCCGACUGCCUCAGCCUCUCCGUCACGCCGCGUCAGUCGAGAGUCGCACAAUUAUGAAAAAGCAACUUUCCGUUGCAGCUGCAGCCGAAGCGGAUCUCUCCAGCGUUCACCGGGUUUUCCCUCCGAGGCGACUAACACAGAGCUCCGCCGAUAGAUGGCUAGAAGCCACGACGCAGCUCCACCCGAGUCUCAACGGUGACGAGAAUGUCCCAGAAACCCUGGAUAGAAAGCACUUUCACCAAGAGGGAAUGUGUGUACAUACUUCCAGUGUCAAAGGACCCCCACAGAUGCCUUCCAGGAUGCCAGAUUUGCCAGCAGCUAGUUCGGUGCUGCUGUGGGCGUCUGGUGCGUCAGCACGUUGGCUUCACAGCCAGCCUGGCCAACAAGUACUCGGACGUGAAGACGGGUGAGAGCUCCGGCGGGCCUGCGCCUGAGCUGGAGGAGUGGUCUGUGGAAAAACACACCGAGGCCAGCCCCACUGACGCCUAUGGUGUCGUUAACUUCCAGGGAGGCUCGCACUCCUAUAGAGCCAAGUAUGUGCGUUUGUCCUACGACUCUCGUCCAGACAACAUCCUCCGGCUGAUGCUGAAGGAGUGGCACAUGGAGCUGCCUAAGAUUCUUAUCUCUGUCCACGGGGGUGUGCAAAACUUUGAGCUGCAUCCUCGCAUCAAGCAGGUGGUGGGCAAAGGUCUCAUUAAGGCAGCCGUCACCACGGGUGCCUGGAUUCUCACUGGAGGUGUCAACACAGGUGUAGCAAAGCAUGUCGGCGACGCUCUCAAAGAGCACUCUUCCAGAUCAUCAAAAAAGAUUUGCACUAUUGGCAUUGCAUCGUGGGGUGUCAUCGAAAACAGGACUGACCUCAUCGGAAGAGACAUCAUCGCUCCAUACCAGACGCUGCUCAACCCCCUCAGCAAACUCAAUGUUCUCAACAACCUCCACUCACAUUUCCUCCUUGUUGACGACGGCACGGUGGGCAAGUAUGGUGCAGAGGUCCAACUGCGGCGGGACCUGGAGAAGCACAUUAAACUCCAAAGAAUACACGCACGUAUUGGUCAGGGUGUUCCUGUGGUGGCAUUAAUCUUUGAAGGGGGUCCCAAUGUGAUCUUGACCGUGCUGGACUACCUCCAAGAGAGCCCUCCCGUCCCCGUAGUGGUCUGUGAGGGGACGGGCCGAGCCGCUGACAUAUUGGCCUACGUCCACAAGCAAACAGAAGAGGGCGGCGGUCUGCCAGACGGUGUAGAGGCGGACAUCAUCGCCACCAUCAAGAAAACCUUCAACUUCAGCCAGAGCGACGCCAUCCAUCUUUUUCAGACUCUGAUGGAGUGCAUGAAGAGGAAAGAAUUGAUCACUGUGUUUCAUAUCAGCUCCGAGGAGAGCCAGGACAUUGAUGUUGCCAUUCUUAGGGCCUUACUCCAAGGCACAAAUGCUUCUGCCUUCGAUCAGCUAGUCCUGACCCUGGCGUGGGACCGUGUGGACAUUGCCAAGAAUCAUGUGUUUGUGUACGGGCAGCAACUUUUGGUGAGCUCUUUGGAGCAAGCCAUGCUCGAUGCACUUGUGAUGGAUCGAGUGGACUUUGUCAAGUUGCUGAUUGAAAACGGUGUCAGUAUGCACCGCUUCCUGACAAUCAGUCGCUUGGAGGAGCUUUACAACACGAAACAACCUCCAAACAAUCCAACUCUCCUCCACCUGGUUAGAGAUGUCAAACAGAGCCACCUGCCUCCAAACUACAAGAUCACCUUAAUUGACAUUGGCCUAGUUAUCGAGUACCUAAUGGGUGGGACUUACAGGUGCAACUACACCAGGAAACGCUUUAGAAUCAUUUACAAUAAUCUCCAUGGCAGCAGUAGGAGGUCUGGGCGCCACCCGAUGGGGCCGGGUUCUCAUUUGAGGAAAAGUCAUGAGUCAUUCAGCAUGCAAGCUGAUAAGAAAGAGAAGACCAGGCACAAUCAUUUCAUCAAGACUGCUCAGCCUUACAAACCAAAGCUGGAGUCCACCAAAGAGCAGAACAAGAAGCGUAACAAGGAGGAGAUCGUGGACAUCGAUGACCCGGAGACGCGGCGCUUUCCCUACCCGUUCAACGAGCUGCUUGUCUGGGCCGUGCUUAUGAAGCGGCAGAAAAUGUCACUGUUCUUCUGGCAGCACGGCGAGGAGAACAUGGCCAAGGCCCUGGUGGCCUGCAAGCUCUGCCGCUCCAUGGGCUACGAGGCCAAAAAGAGCGAUGUGGUGGAUGACACGUCGGAGGAGCUGAAGGAGUACUCCAAUGAGUUCGGCACAUUGGCGGUGGACCUGUUGGAGCAGUCGUUUAGGCAGGACGAAACUAUGGCCAUGAAGCUGCUCACCUACGAGCUGAAGAACUGGAGCAACUCCACCUGCCUGAAGCUGGCCGUCUCCUCCCACCUGCGACCCUUUGUGGCGCACACCUGCACCCAGCUGCUGCUGUCUGACAUGUGGAUGGGGCGACUAAACAUGCGCAAGAACUCCUGGUACAAGGUGAUCCUGAGUAUUUUGGUGCCUCCAGCCAUUCUGCUUUUGGAGUACAAGUCCAAGGCCGAGAUGGCUCACAUCCCACAGAGCCAGGACGACCACCAGAUUACCAUGGAGGACAGCGAAAACAACUUCCAGAACAUCGCGGACGACAUCCAAAUGGAUGUGUUCAAGGAGGCCAGAUCCAACGACCCUACGGAUACGAAGACGGACAUGGAGACGCAUGUUCGCCCCAGGAAGCUGCCAUUAAACAGGAAAAUCUACGCUUUCUACCACGCUCCCAUUGUCAAGUUUUGGUCAAACACGCUCUUUUAUUUGGGUUUCUUGAUGCUCUACUCAUACGUGGUCCUGGUGAAAAUGCCUGAUUGGCCUUCUCCUCAUGAGUGGGUUGUCAUCCUCUACAUCUUCACCUCGGCCAUUGAGAAGAUUCGAGAGAUGUUUAUGUCAGAAGCAGGCAAAAUAAGUCAAAAGAUAAAAGUGUGGUUCGACGACUACUUUAACGUCUCCGACUUCCUGGCCAUCGUGUCGUUCUUCAUCGGGUUCGGCUUAAGGCUCGGCGGUGGGAAAGCCUUCGUCCCCGGAAGGACUGUUUACUGUCUCAACAUCAUCUUCUGGUACGUGAGACUCCUCGAUAUCUUGGCCGUCAACCAGCAAGCUGGACCGUACGUCAUGAUGAUCGCCAAAAUGGUGGCCAAUAUGUUCUACAUUGUGGUGAUAAUGGCCAUUGUCCUGCUGAGCUACGGAGUUCCUCGCAAGGCCAUUCUGUAUCCCCAGGAAGAACCAAGCUGGACACUGGCCAAAGAUGUGGUUUUCCAGCCGUACUGGAUGAUGUACGGGGAGGUGUAUGCAUAUGAAAUCGACGUAUGUGCCAACAACAGUGAGGCCUCAGUAAGCGGCCUGUGCACAGAUGGGGUGUGGCUGACUCCUCUCCUACAAGCAGUCUACCUCUUUGUACAGUACAUACUCAUGGUCAACCUCCUCAUUGCCUUCUUUAACAAUGUGUAUCUACAAGUGAAGUCCAUCUCCAAUCUGGUGUGGAAGUACCAGCGCUACCACUUCAUCAUGGCCUACCAUGAGAAACCGGUCUUCCCACCACCCUUCAUCCUCCUUUGCCAUAUCUACUCACUCUUCUGUAUGUGCAGGAAGAGAAAGAAGGAGUACACCUAUGGGCCAAAGCUAUUCCUCACAGAGGAAGACCAAAAGAAGCUUCAUGACUUUGAGGAGCAGUGCGUGGAGACGUACUUUCAUGAAAAGGACGACCAGUUUCACACGGGAAGUGAGGAGCGCAUACGCCUCACUUCUGAAAGGGUUGAGACCAUGUGCAUGCAGCUGAAGGAGGUGGGCAACAAGGUAAACUUCAUCAAGCGCUCCUUGCACACGCUGGACUCCCAAAUCGGUCACCUGCAGGACCUGUCCGCUUUCACUGUGGACACCCUGAAGACGCUGACUGCUCAAAGGGCGUCUGAGGCCAGCAAGGUCCACAAUCAGAUCACCCGGGAGCUCAGCCUAUCCAAGAACGUGGUCCCCAGCAUCAUUCCCGUGGCGACAGACACCGGCCCCCAUUCCAAAGGCUCUGUGAUGGGGAAACGGAGCGUGGGGGCCUACUUAGGCUCGGCGAAUAUCGCAGACUCUCUUUUUGGGAUCGGCACCGGGGGCUACAGGACCGAUAGUGGCCGUAGAGUAGGACAGAGCCCCUUAACAGAACUGGGGCUGGAUCCCAAUUUGAGCCCAAAGAGGAGGGGCUUGUUAGGGCUUGGGCACCUCGCCGCCGAGGCUGGCUCCUCCGACAGUGCUGCUCCCAGUGCCUUUGAUCAAAGUGCUGUAGCCGCUUCCCCUCCGGAGCUGCACUUCCGGGGCCAUUCCCUAACCCGCCGAAAACUGACCCGUCCACACGAGCCGGAGUAUUCCGACUCUCCAUCCAGCCUGCCCAAUGUGCCCUCGCGCGUGCCGCACUUCCACAUCAGCAGUACCCCCUCCCAGCCCAGCGGCUCCAGCCACCCGGAGCUCGCCCUGGCUGGCUUUUACCAGCAGCCACCUGACAGCGCCGCAGUAGAGUUUGGGGCGUUCGUCGGACAUAAAGACUGUUUUGACCUCCAGCACUCUACACCCAAAGAGACAUGCAGCCCACAACGCAGCCCAGUUACAGUCACACGCUUGCAGCCUGAAGGUCAAGGUCAUAUCAGAGCAGUGAACUCCUACGCUGGUUUCACAGAGUUUGACAGGAGUCCUGCUUUUCUCCAUCCUGAUUCAACUCUGAGGAAAAAGGAUCGGAGCAGAGUGUCAGCUGAGGAUAUCCUCAUCCACGACAAUCCUCUAACUUCGGUGCCGGAAAGAGUACAGGUCAAAUCAGCCCAAGCAAGCAAUCUCCAACCCCCCGGAGAAGACACAUUAACUGCUUCAGUCUCUCUCUGCACACCUCGCCACUCUCACCUCGGACCCAGAAAAGAUUCCAUCGGAUCCCCUUUCAAGCCAAUGGAAAGCUACCAGUACUCGGCUGUUGAGCGUAACAACCUGAUGAGAUUGUCGCAGAGCAUCCCCUUUACGCCGGUGCCCCCUAGAGGGGAGCCAGUGACAGUGUACCGUCUGGAGGAGAGCUCGCCCAACACCAUCAACAACAGCAUGUCUUCCUGGGCCCAGCGCGGCCUCUGCGCCAAGAUCGAGUUUCUCAGCAAAGAGGAGAUGGGCGGCGGCCUCAGGCGGGCCCUCAAAGUCCUCUGCACCUGGUCCGAGUACGACAUCCUCAAGCCUGGACACCUGUACAUCGUAAAGUCCUUCCUGCCCGGGGUGGUCGAGACCUGGCAGAGCAUCUACAAGGAGGACACAGUCUUGCACCUUUGUCUCAGGGAAAUUCAACAACAGCGAGCAGCGCAGAAGCUGACUGUGGCCUUCAACCAGAUCAGACCGAAGCCUAUUCCUUACUCGCCAAGGUUCCUGGAGGUGUUCCUGCUCUAUUGCCACUCCGCAGGCCAGUGGUUCGCCAUCGAGGAGUGCAUCACGGGAGAGUUCCGGAAGUUCAACAACAACAAUGGCGACGAGAUCGCUCCCACCAACCUCCUGGAGGAGACCAUGCUGGCCUUCAGCCACUGGACCUACGAGUACACGCGCGGCGAGCUGCUGGUCCUCGACCUGCAGGGGGUGGGAGAGAUUCUGACCGAUCCGUCUGUUAUAAAGAGCGGCGAGAAGGGGUCUUACGACAUGAUCUUUGGACCGGCCAACUUGGGCGACGACGCCAUUCGGAACUACCGGGCCAAACAUCGCUGCAAUUCUUGCUGCAGGAAGCUAAAACUUCCCGAUCUGAAGAGGAACGAGUACACGCCUGAGCAGGUCAACCCGGGGGGCGGAGCCAAGGAACCGCACCAAUCCAUGAGGCUGACGACGCCGCGAUCGAUCCGUGAACUGGAAGAAUGCCGCUCGUUUCCCGAGAAACGGCCCCAGCCGCCCGCAGUGUGUCGUAGCACUCAUCUUUGCAUGUGUCCAUACAUGAGCGGGUACAUGACUUAUUAUUAUUAUUAUUAUUUAUUGAUGUUGCUGUUGCCUUCCUUGAACAUAUAUGUAUAUUAUUACAACAACAAAAAAAGGAGAAAUCAAAGUGCAUUGUACAUCUGUUACGGCUUUUUUCUUCUUUUUUUUUUAAUGUGCAAACCAUCUUUUAUCCACGCUUUGAAUCUCUAACUUUAUGAAAUCAUGUUUGAAGAAAAAAAAAAAGGGCAGAUUGCAAUGCAACUUUUCCAGGACAUGACGUAGUAUUUUAUUGUCCGCCCUCGUUGUUACAGAGGUACGAUUGCAAUAUCUUUGUCAUCACCUGUCGAUAAGCGCAGAUGGAUUAAAUCGAGUGUAUCUUAUAGAUACUGUUAUCUGCGAGAACGGGAGCGUUGUCAUCUUUUAUUCAGGGUACAGUUGAGAAGGGUAUUACGCGAUACAUUUUGUACUGAACGUUUUAAACAAAUAAAAUCUCAAGCAAG